CUCCCGCCCCGCGCCGCCUCCUCCCCUCCGCCGCCAUGGCCGCGCCGGUGGGGCUGCCGCUGCUGGGGCCGCCCGCCCCCUCCACGCUGCUGCAGGGGCUGCUGCUGGGGCUGGGGCUGCCCGCACUCCUGGCCGUGCAGCCGCCCCACUACGAGCCCACCUGGGACUCGCUGGAUGCCCGGCCGCUGCCCGCCUGGUUUGACGAGGCGAAGUUCGGCGUCUUCAUCCACUGGGGCGUGUUCUCGGUGCCCAGCUUCGGCAGCGAGUGGUUCUGGUGGUACUGGCAGAAGGAAAAGAGAGCGCCAUAUGUGAAAUUUAUGGAAGCAAAUUACCCACCUGGGUUCAGUUAUGAAGAUUUUGGGCCACUGUUUACAGCAGAAUUCUUUGACCCCAACCAGUGGGCAGAUGUUCUGAAGGCUUCAGGUGCAAAAUAUGUUGUCUUAACUUCAAAACAUCAUGAGGGCUUUACUUUGUGGGGGUCCAAAUAUUCUUGGAACUGGAAUGCUGUUGAAGUGGGACCAAAACGAGAUCUUGUGGCUGAACUAGCAACAUCUGUUAGAAAAAGGACUGACUUGCGUUUUGGAUUAUAUCACUCCCUGUUCGAAUGGUUUAAUCCUCUGUUCCUUGAGGAUGCCACCAAUGUCUUUAAGACAAGGAAGUUUCCAAUCAGUAAAUCAUUACCAGAACUCUAUGAAAUUGUGACCAAGUACCAACCAGAAAUAAUUUGGUCUGAUGGGAAUGGAAAUGCACCAGAUACUUACUGGAACAGCACUGGUUUCUUGGCUUGGCUGUAUAAUGACAGUCCAGUCCGGGACACAGUUGUGACCAAUGACCGCUGGGGAGUCGGCAGCAUCUGUACACAUGGUGGCUUCUACACUUGUAGUGACAGGUACAACCCUGGCCACCUCCUGCGUCACAAGUGGGAGAACUGCAUGACUAUUGACAAGAGGUCAUGGGGGUACAGGAGGAACGCACAGCUUGAUGAUUACCUCACAAUUGAGGACUUAGUGAAGCAACUUGUAGAAACAGUGUCUUGUGGAGGUAAUCUCUUGAUGAAUAUUGGGCCCACUCAUGACGGUCGCAUCGCUGUUAUAUUUGAGGAACGCCUGAGGCAGAUGGGUGCCUGGCUGAAAGUCAACGGAGAAGCGAUCUAUGGAACAAAACCAUGGAGAGCACAGAACGACACAGUCACACCAGAAGUGUGGUACACUUUCAGCCCUAAAGAAGGCAAAGUCAAUGCUAUCUUCCUUAACUGGCCACUUUCUGGGACUCUGGAACUUGGUGAGCCACAGGCUAAGCUUGGAGAAACACAGGUGGAGCUGGUUGGCUACAAGGAACUGCUGAAAUGGGUUGCAUUGGGAGAAAAGGGAAUUGUAAUAGCUCUACCUCAAUUAACUCCUAAGCAAUUGCCAUGUCAGUGGGGCUGGACUUUGCAACUGACUGGCAUAAACUGAGCCAUACACUGCUGGAGCUUUGGGCAGCAGGGAACACUGAUUUCCAACUCUUAUUGCUUGAGGAACAUCAAUAAUUUCACUUUUUUUUCUGAAAGAUGAGCUGUUAUUAAAGGAUGGAAUGAACCUCACAUGAAACAUAGCAAUAGGUAGUUGAAUCUCUGCAUAUAAUUUGUUUAUUUGAACUUGUGUGAAAAACUGAGCAUCUACCUUGACCUCUGCACUAGGGUGGGGGGAAGGCACUAAGUCUUCAUUUCUCAUCAUAAAAAUCAUUAAUUUUA